CGCGCAUAAUACUGGACACAAUGAAACUAGUCACCAUUGCCCUGACGUGCGCACUCAUCUCCAAAGCAUACCCACUGGAUUGUUUCGAGUGUGUAGCCACUGGUACUGGACCGUGUUCGCAGACUACAAAAACAUGUCAAGGAAACCAGACCAAAUGUGCCAGUUUCACAGCAGCAUUCACCGAGGGAGGGAUCCAGAAUACUACAAAGGUGAAGACAUGCGCCAUACCAGCUCAGUGUAUCAGUGGAUCUUUUAACACUGGAAUCUCUAUGACAACUGUUCAGACCCAAUGCUGUGAAUCCAACCUGUGCAACAGUCAAGAACCACCAGCAUUACCAGAAUCCAGCACCAAUGGAAAAAAGUGUUUCACCUGUGCAGCUGAUGAUAACUGCACAAGUACUUUGGAGUGCAAGGGAAGUGAAGAUCGCUGCUUUAUGGUCACAUUGCCUGCAGUUGGGAUGGUGAAGGGAUGCGUUUCCCAAAGUCUCUGUUCUGGAUCCCUGAUUGCGGCGGCCAUUGGGGACUGCUGUGAGGGAAACUUGUGCAACAACGCCCUGCGCAUCGGACAGAGCAUCCUCUUCCUCCUCCUGGUGCCUCUGGCCUCCUUCUUCCUCUUCAACUAAGCAGCACUGUGACCUGCACAGCCACCCUAACCCUCCUCGACUACUCGAGGAUGGUGCAAAUAAAAUAAAUUCAUACACUGUUGGUUAAACUUGUUCAAUUUGAUUACAACAUUUUUUCUAAUCAAAUACUUUUCCUGGUUUUAUCAUUCCACUUCUCUGCCUUUAACUAAAUAUUCAGAAAACAUUUAAUGUUGUUUACAUUAUAGGUAACACAAAUUAGUUUGCGCAGACAGGGAUGUAAACUGCAAUUCGACUGCUUAGCAGAGGCAUAC